AUGGAGAAAACAGAGGAAGGCGUCGGAAUAAGAGUCUACACGGCGACUCCGCCGCAAAAACCAUCACCAUCACCACCCUCUCGUUCACCAAAACCUUUAUUAAUCUCUUCACUUCCUUCACUCCCGGCAGGAGCCGCAGCCGGAGGAGGAAGAGGUCGCAAACGUCGCAUGGUCGCUCAAGGAGUUCAAAAAACGGUCUCAAAAACAUCAAUGAUCGUCAACUUCCUUCCGACAGGAACUCUCUUGAUGUUCGAAAUGGUUCUCCCGUCUAUCUACCGUGACGGAGACUGCAACGGAAUCAACACGCUCAUGAUCCAUCUCCUCCUCCUUCUCUGCGCAACGUCUUGCUUCUUCUUCCACUUCACCGACAGUUUCAAAGCCGCGGACGAGAAAAUGUAUUACGGUUUCGUUACGCCACGUGGACUCGCUGUGUUCAUGAAACCGCCGCCGCCUGAGUUCGGAGGCGGUGACGCGUUCGCGGAAGCGGCGAUUCCGGUGACGGAUGAGAGGUAUAAGUUGAAGGUUAACGACUUUGUUCAUGCAGUGAUGAGCGUUUUGGUGUUUAUGGCGAUUGCGUUUUCGGACAGGAGAGUCACGGGUUGUCUGGUUCCGGGGAAACAGAAAGAGAUGGAUCAAGUUAUGGAGAGUUUCCCAUUAAUGGUCGGAAUUGUUUGCAGUGCUCUGUUUCUUGUCUUCCCGACCACUCGACGUGGUGUUGGAUGCAUGUCUGCUUGA